AUGCCUUAUUGGUCAAAGGUUAUUUACACCGUUUUUACUCCAAAAGGUCGUCUCAAACAAUUCCCUCGCCCCAAAACCCUCACUUCUCUACUGCACUCUCCCUCUCCUCAACGCACCGAUCUGAUUCAAGGGAAGUGUUUAACGAUGGCGUUGAAGGUGCUGAAUCCGAACGCCGAGGUGCUGAACAAGUCUCAUGCACUUCACAUGAACAUUAACGCCGCAAAGGGCCUCCAUGAUGUGCUCAAAUCCAAUCUCGGGCCCAAGGGAACUAUUAAAAUGCUUGUUGGUGGAGCUGGCGAUAUUAAGCUCACCAAGGAUGGCAACACGCUCCUCAAAGAGAUGCAAAUACAAAGUCCUACAGCCAUAAUGAUAGCACGCACUGCUGUUGCUCAAGAUGAUACUAGUGGAGACGGUACUACUUCUACUCUCAUCUUUAUUGGUGAGCUUAUGAAGCAAUCAGAGCGGUACAUUGAUGAAGGAAUGCAUCCACGUGUUCUAGUAGAUGGAUUUGAAAUCGCUAAAAGAGCAACACUCCAGUUUCUUGAGAAAUUCAAGACUCCUGUAGUAAUGGGUGAUGAACCUGAUAAAGAGAUAUUGAAGAUGGUGGCAAGAACAACAUUGCGGACAAAGUUAUAUGAGGCAUUGGCAGAUCAGUUAACUGAUAUUGUUGUAAAUUCUGUUCUCUGCAUCCGCAAACCGGAGGAGCCAAUUGAUCUUUUCAUGGUUGAGAUAAUGCACAUGCGCCACAAGUUUGAUGUUGACACUCGCCUGGUUGAGGGUCUUGUUCUUGAUCAUGGUUCAAGGCAUCCAGAUAUGAAGCGGCGAGCGGAAAAUUGUUACAUUUUGACUUGUAAUGUGUCAUUAGAGUACGAGAAAAGUGAAAUAAAUGCAGGAUUCUUUUACUCAAAUGCAGAACAAAGGGAGGCAAUGGUUGCAGCAGAAAGAAGAUCAGUUGAUGAAAGAGUUCAGAAGAUUGUUGAUUUGAAGAAUAAGGUGUGUGCAGGUACCGAUAGCAAUUUCGUUGUCAUCAAUCAGAAAGGAAUUGAUCCUCCCUCAUUAGAUAUCCUUGCUCGAGCUGGAAUAAUUGCUCUACGAAGGGCAAAGAGGAGAAACAUGGAGAGGCUGGUUUUGGCUUGUGGUGGAGAGGCUGUUAAUUCAGUUGAUGACCUAACCACCGACUGCCUUGGUUGGGCUGGAUUAGUCUAUGAGCAUGUACUUGGAGAAGAAAAAUAUACUUUUGUCGAAAAUGUUAAAAAUCCUCACUCCUGCACUAUCCUCGUCAAAGGACCAAAUGAUCAUACAAUUGCUCAGAUUAAGGAUGCUGUUCGUGAUGGCUUGAGGGCAGUGAAAAAUACAAUUGAAGAUGAAUCUGUAGUGCUUGGUGCAGGGGCUUUUGAGGUGGCAGCCAGGCAAUACCUAGUUAACGAAGUGAAGAAAACUGUUAAAGGGCGUGCUCAACUUGGCGUGGAAGCUUUUGCUGAUGCACUUCUUGUGGUGCCUAAGACGCUUGCUGAGAACUCUGGCCUGGACACUCAAGAUGUUAUUAUUGAUCUUACGGGAGAACAUGAUAAGGGCAAUGUGGUCGGACUUAAUCUGCACACUGGGGAAGCAAUUGAUCCACAAAUGGAGGGUAUCUUUGAUAAUUAUUCGGUUAAGCGUCAGAUUAUAAACUCUGGGUAUGUUACAAGAGCCUUUCUUCCCUUCACAUUGUUAGUUUGCCUAAUUUCGUGCUUGAAAAAGUAAUUGUGCUUGUCUAUUUCACUCCUUUUGUCUAUUAUCCUUACGUGAGAAUCUUGGAUCUCUCUCUCCCUUNUUAAUUUUGGCUGUUGGGGACCUGGUGGCGGUUUCUUAGUCAUCAGAAAAGCUGAAAUGUU